AUGGCCACAUACAGCAGUCUUCUGUCUGAAGAUCAGUUCACAUGCUCCAUCUGUCUGGAACUCUACACCAAUCCUGUUUCCACGCCAUGUGGACACAACUUCUGCAAGGCCUGCAUCGCCCGGCACUGGGCGGGAAAGGAGCAACAUCAGUGUCCCCUGUGCAAUGACAAGUUCAGCAAAGAACUCAAAGUCAGCGUCAACACAGAGCUCAAAGAGAUUGUGGAGAAGUUCAGGAAACAUCGUGUGAACAUAAAUAGCACAUCUGCUAUAAAACCUGGUCAGGUGCCAUGUGACUGUUGCCCUGACAACAAGGUUAGAGCCUCGAAAACCUGCUUGGUGUGUUUGGUAUCGUUUUGCGACACACAUUUAGAACCUCAUCUGAGAGUUGCGGCUUUCAAAACACACAAACUAACUCAUCCUGUGCACAAGUUGGAGGAGAAAAUUUGCAAGAGUCACAACCAGAUUUUCACGUUCUUCUGUAAGAGUGAUCAAACUCAUGCCUGCGCCCUGUGCACAGAACACGACAAUCAUGACACAGUCCAUUUGGAAGAAGCGUAUGUAAACAAAAGCACUCGCAUGGGGAUGAAGAAGGAGGAUGUUGAGAAAACUAGACUGAACAAAGUCAAGGAGAUAAAUGCUGCAACACAGAGCAUAAAGAAAGGCAAAGGUCGAGCAAAAACAAUGCCUCUGGAGGGAUACGAGUGUACGAGGUUCAUGUCGAUGGGAGAACUGGCUGGGAGUUGGCGGUAG